AUGCCUCGACGAGGACGCUCCGCUAGUCCACCACCAGCGCCCCAGAGACGGGCUGCUCCUCCACCAAGCCGUUUGCCAGCCCAUGCUCCGCCAUCUACUCCAGCCACUAGCGUUGCCCAGCCGCAGCAGCCAUCUCUCUUCGGACAGAUGGCCGCCACAGCCGGAGGUGUCGCCGUAGGUUCUGCUGUGGGCCAUGUAGCUGGCAGUGCACUAACUGGAAUGUUUAGCGGUGGUAGCAGCGAACCAGCUCAACAGCAAGCUGCGCAGCCCGCUCAAGCCACCUACCAGCAAUACCAGGGAAAUCAACAACAGCAAGGACCGUGCGCUUGGGAGAUCAAGCAAUUCAUAGAAUGCGCUCAACAGCAGCACGACCUCUCCCUAUGCGAGGGCUUUAAUGAAGCCCUUCGCCAAUGUAAAGUCAACAACCACAUGUAA